AAAUCUGAAAGAAAUAUCGAAGCCACUCUUUUGACGACCACUGAGAUUCAUUUCGAUCGAUUCUUCCCUAAAAUCUUCCUCUUUUUGAGUGUUUACACGUUCUCUUGUAAUUGGUGAAUUCUGCUUUCCCUCUCCCAUUGAAUGAACUAAGGGGCUGCACUCGUCUCCCGAGCCAGAGAGCAAGACAAAAUUAGAGGCCUGAAAAAGAUCUCCGUGGUCCAGAAGUUGCUCCUGGGCUACUACCCAUCUCUCAGUCUCGCUAAAGGAAGCGUGCACGGGUGGUCGAUAGAAGCUGAAAACAAAAGUAAAGAAAGGGAUAAAAGAAAACUAAGUUCGGCUUUCGUCUCUUGUUCAACAAGAACUGUACCGAUCAGAUCGAUCUAAAUCUUACAAACAAAUAAAAAAACAUCUUAACUACGUUAAACUCACAAAUCCCAAUACUCUUUGGUGUUCCUUUCUCUCUCAUUCUUCAUACACAUUUGCGUUAUACAAUCCGAUUUGGAUAAGAUUAAUAUAAAGAAUACGACUUAAUGAAUGAUGUGGAAUGGAAACUGUGAGUUUUGAGGUGAGACAUUGUUGUCGUCGUCGUCGUUUUGGUGUUGGUGGUGAAGGGAUUGUAAAGUAAUGGCGGAAACAGAAAUAGGAAUGUCAACAGAUAACAUAAAGGGAUUGUUGUUGGCAUUGUCUUCGAGUUUAUUUAUAGGAGCCAGUUUUAUUGUUAAGAAAAAAGGGUUGAAGAAAGCUGGUGCUUCUGGUAUUAGGGCAGGUGCUGGGGGUUAUACUUACCUGUUUGAACCACUCUGGUGGAUUGGCAUGAUAACAAUGAUUGCUGGGGAAAUUGCUAAUUUUGCAGCCUAUGCAUUUGCACCAGCUAUUCUAGUCACUCCUCUUGGUGCACUCAGUAUCAUUAUCAGUGCUGCUCUUGCACAUGCUAUUUUACAGGAAAAGUUGCACACUUUUGGGAUUCUUGGUUGUGCUCUUUGUGUUGUGGGUUCAACGACAAUUGUUUUGCAUGCACCUCAAGAACGUGAGAUUGAGUCCGUGAAGGAAGUGUGGGACCUUGCAACAGAGCCAGCUUUUCUCUUGUAUGCUGCUAUUGUCAUAACAGCUGCUGUUGUGAUUAUCAUCCGUGUUAUACCCCAUUAUGGGCAGACUCAUGUUAUGGUCUAUAUUUCAAUUUGUUCGCUCAUGGGCUCACUAUCGGUUAUGAGUGUCAAAGCACUUGGAAUUGCUUUGAAGCUGACUUUCUCGGGAAUGAAUCAGUUACUAUACCCCCAAACAUGGGCUUUUACCUUGAUUGUACUUGCCUGUGUAAUCACUCAAAUCAAUUACUUAAACAAGGCUCUUGAUACAUUCAAUGCAGCUGUCGUAUCUCCCAUAUACUAUGUGAUGUUUACUUCAUUAACAAUUUUGGCUAGCGUAAUCAUGUUUAAGGAUUGGGAUGGAAAGAACGCAUCUCAAAUUGUCACUGAAAUAUGUGGAUUUGUAACGAUCCUUUCUGGGACUUUUCUUCUUCAUGAAACGAAGGACAUGGUUGAAGGGUCAUCACAGUCUUUAUCAUUGCGCCUUCCAAAGCAUGAAGAAGAAGACGAAGGACUUGACCCCGAAGGAAUCCCUCUACGACAAUUAGACACUCUGGGACCAAAAUAGUUGUAUUCUUUGAUUCUUUUUGUUACUGUCAUUCAAGAUCCUGGGUGCUGAUUUGGGGCAGAAAGGGAAUUCCAGCCACAGACCUGUGUAUUAUCAACACACUGGGCGGGUUCAUUAUUUUCUUUGAGUAAAAAAUGGGCGAAGAUGGCAAGACUUCUUUCUCAGAUAAAAAAAGGAGAUGGGUCUCUUUCAGCUGCCGCCAUGUAUAGACAUUUAACUCCCCCCUUUCCUUCUUCCCCUCCAUGGGGGUUUGUAAUUUUGAGCAUUUUGUUCUUCAUAUUGAAUAUUAGCUUCAAGUUAUGAAGAAAUGCAGUUUACUUCUUCCCCUCUUGUUCCUUGCAAUGACUUUUCCAUUACAUUGUUUUGUAUGUGAUUUAUGCUAGAUAGUGACCUUCAAGUUGACCUCAAGUGUGGGUAACGAGCAUAUCAACAAAGAAUUGAAGUUUAUGCUUAGUAUAUGCAGGAUACAGAGUGUUUGUAUUAGAAAGUUCUAUGUUUCGCAUAAAUUAUUGUCCAAGUUGCUUU